AUGAUAGACCACAUCUUAGGCCGGCCCUCCACGCGCUUCCGCAAGUGGCAGGUCUUCACCGUUGUCCUCUUCUGGAGCCUCUACCUUUCCAAGUUCCGCCGGCAUGGCCCGCCUGGGGUUCAGCGGAUAUCACGAUGGCUGUCAAAUCGAUUCACGAUGCAWCAGGCGCUCGUAGCGUCUUGCGUUGCCCUCUACGUAUCGCGGAACUUUGCAAGAGUAGUGGGGUUGGAAUCGCCAGAACCGUUGGCGAACCUAUACGACCGUAGCUUCUUCAGAGCAACAUGGAUCACCACGGCGCUGGACGCUGGAUGGUGGACAGCUAUGCGGUUACGGCCCAAAUGGCUCAGACWCUCCGCUGAGAUCAUAUUCACGCUCUACUUCUUGGUCUGCGCAGAGCAAGCCGAUGAGAUGGUGCGCCGGGUGCGUGGAGACUUGAGUGUACAACACCUACGAGUAUCUUGGAAUAAGCCAAAUACGCCCAUUCUCCGCUACUUUACGGGGCUUAUGCGGCCCAGGUUCAUGAAGUAUUCACCUCGACAGAUUUCAAUACCACGGCCCAAGAACAGUGACUACAGGGAGCCUGUGUCAGCUUGGCUGUACUUUGAUGGACCCGUGUCAGAGCUAGCUCAGCAACACCAGAUAGUGCUCGAUAUUCCUGGAGGUGGCUUCGUGGCAAUGGAUCCGCGAUGCCACGAUGACAAAUUAAUGGCAUGGGCGGGAAAGCUGGGUAUUCCUGUCGUGGCUUUGGACUACAAGAAAGCGCCCGAAUUCCCAUACCCCCAUGCAUUGAACGAAUGUUAUGAUACCUACUUCCAACUUGUCGCGACACGGGGUCGCUGCAUCGGACUUUCAGGGGAGCACACACCGAAGAUCAUCAUUAGUGGCGACAGCGCAGGCGGGAAUCUUGCAUUUGGCACGGUGUUGAUGAUACUCGACGAUCAGUCCCCAUAUGCAAGCUGGGAAGCUGGCCGGUCAGUACAACGCUUGCCCCCACCAGAAGCAGUUGUUGGCAUUUACCCAGCGUUGGAGAUGAACAUUGGUAAUUGGAUGACGGACGAGCAGUUGUCCCUGUUGCGAAGACCUGGUCGACAAAAAGAGGACAAAAAGAUCAUGAAUCGCAAAUCUCAGGACUACAGGAAGCUGACGCCAAACACGCCUGGCAAUUCCGAUGACGAGGAUGAUGACGCUGUUACUCACCGGAAAGGACAAAAGACCGCUCCAAAGAUGUACACUCGCCUCGCCAUGAGCAGUAUGAUUUCCUACUUCAAUGAUCGGAUCAUCUCUCCGGAAAUGCUUCGGGCUAUGAUUGUACUGUACGUUGGUGAAUAUCGUCGACCAGACUUCGCAACGGAUUUCCUACUAUCACCUCUCCGGGCACCGGAAGCACUGCUCGCCAGAUUCCCGAAAACAUUUCUGCUUUGCGGAGAAUGUGAUCCUUUGGUGGAUGACACCGCCAUAUUUGCUGGUCGCCUUCGACAGGCUCAUCUGCAAGAGUUUCAGCGACGGCAAGAGGUUGGCCUAGAGAGCGAAGAUGCGGUCUUUGAUGACAAGAAGCACGUCGAGGUCGUCCUAGUUAACGGGGUCAGCCACGGCUUCUUGCAAUUCGUCAGCGUCUUCCCACGGGGUUGGCAAUAUGUGCACGCCUGCAGUCGAUGGAUGCGAAAUGUCUUCGAAAAUGCUGAAGCUGCAGAGCCUCCCUCCAGCGUUGCUUCGAAUGGCGGACAAGACUACUUCAGCUAUACCAAAGCUAGAAGUCGCAGGACCAGCGAAGCUUCAGGCGAUGAGCGCCCCUUGGAGAUUCCUAGCAAGCUGCGCAUGACAUCUAUCAAUGGAGCGACAUCUCCCACGGCCACAAGGCGGAAGGGCCACUCGAGCCGAAACAAUGCGCACCGUGGCAAGAUCUCAAGGUCUUCAGGGAUGUCUGGGCGUAAGAGUCCAACUGGCGCGGUUCACUUCUUGUCUAGACUGAAUUCCACAGAGGAUCUUCUGGAAAGGAGAAUGAAUCGCGUCACAGAGAAUCUCAAUAAUGAUGAUAUGAGGCCAAAUAGGCAUGCAAGGUAG